AUGGAGGAGGAUAUGCAUUACCAGCACAUCAUGACCGUAACUCAGCAACGGCGUCCAUCACACCCGCCACCAUACGAAGACGCCGACGUCACCAGCAUGCCAGAUGAAAGGGGAGGGGAGAGGGGAGGGGAGAGUAAUGACAAGGUUGAAGAGAAGGACUCGUUACCGGCCAAGAGUAGUUGGCUGAACCGCUUCAAGAGUAGAGGGAAGGAGUUGAAGAUGGCAAGGCCGGGAGAUGGCCUGGAUGACGAGACCACCAGUGGGCCUGGCACCAUGCGCCGAUGCCUAAGUCACGAUGACUUGCCAAGCUAUUCAAGCUCUAUCGCUAUCGAAGGUGUAUUUCACAUGAAGCAUGAGAUCGAAAACACCACCAAAAGAGCAGAGGAUCGGCAGUGGCAUACCGUUUUUGUCUCCCUCAACGGAACUGCCCUCAGCAUCUACGGUACCAAGAAGGACUGGAGCUGGGGUAAGUCACGCGAUGGCCCAUCCAUUUGUCCCGACAACCCGCCUUGGAUCAGGAAGGCAAAACUAGAAAAGACCUACAGUCUUUUGCAUGCUGAUGCUGGUAUUGCCGCUGAUUAUAAAAAGCGUCGUUAUGUUAUUCGAGUACGAGUUGAAACAGACCAGUUUCUCCUGUCUUGUAUCGAACUGAGCACCUUUGUCAAGUGGCUUGAGUGCUUAUUUGCGGCUAUUGAUGUGGCAGCCCCUAUCGACGAACGAGAUUUCCCACGCGAUAUGUCUAUCCCGCGAAUUCAGAGAAUCCGAUGGUAUCGCACCCACACUGGUGAAAUCUACCCAAGCACCCAGCCGGAAAUUCACCAAGAUCCCCCUCCAGAUGCCGAAGGCUCCGGCACUCAUGACGCUCUUGACGCUCAUGACGCUCAUGAUGAUGCCUCGGAGCGACGACCCUCGUCUCCUCAGCUACCUACUCCGACUCCUGCCCCUUCACGACCCCACCCUACAGAGGAGGCACAGAGUAGCGAGGCUUUAGGACCACACCCAAGAAUUGAUCCCAGGAAUGAUCCCUUCCAUCCCCUCAGCACAACUUCAGAUCCAAAUCCAUCUAUUGACCCACAUACGGGCAAAUGGUUUCCUGAGCAUCAGUGGACGUCUGCACAUGACCUGCUCUACGCCAAGCUCUGCUACAGUAAUUUACUGUUUCGAAGCCCCCGCAAAUCAAACUACAUCAUUAGUAAAGGGAAGCAAUGGUUUGUCGAUUGGGGCACGGGUAGAAUGGUCCGUGUGCUCCCGCCAGCCUACGGCGAGGUAGACUUCUUUGGUCCUUGGCAAGUCAUUCAUACAGAAAACAGAAGGAUUUAA